GUAUAUAUAUAUACACAAAUAUAAAAAGUUAAAUAAAUAAAUAGACAAUAGGUAUCGUUCGCUGCAUUGCAUAUCCACCCUUCUUCGACAUGUAAAAUUCGAUACAACCGCGUUUCAUUCGUUUCUCUCGUCAACGUGCUUUCACAUACGUCAUACUAAUUAGAAAUAAUUUAAUAUUCCGAUAUAUGAUGAUUUAUAUGAACUACAAUCCGGCAUUCACCUAAAUUCGUUUCUUUCAGAAUGUACAUCUUUUACAUUCUUUAUAUCGUACUGCUGACUUUCGAAUAUUUAGAUUGUGGAAGGGUUCAUAAGAUUCCAGUUACCUUAAAUCAAAGAGAAAUACGUUACGCCGAAGGAGGAACUUGUAACAGCAGUCCAGGUAAUCCAAAUAAUUCAAAGAAAACUGCAGAAAAAAGUAGUAACAUCGCGCAGAAAGCUGCACAGGAAGCUAAAGCUGCUUCAGAUGCACAGAAUAUUGCUGGUCAGCAAGCCGCACGUCAAGUGAAAACACAACUUGCUGAAAAAGCAGUACAGGCUGCAAAAGCUGCAGAAGAGGUGCUUUCAGGAAAGAAAGUAAUAGUAGAUCAAUUACAAGAAGAAGUGAGGGAAGCACAAUCAGUUGUUCAAGAAGAAUCCGCAUCUAUGGAACAAGAACAAGCUAAUGUCAAUGCUGCUGUACAAGCAGCACGUCAGUCACAAGAUCAGUUGAAAACAUUAACACACGCGAUGCAAACAGCUAAGGCGAAUGCGGCAAACGCGCAGGCUGCUGCGACCGGGGCGCAAAAAAGUUUACGAGAAAAAGAAGAAUUGGUAGAUGCGGCGAAAAGGCGGGUUGAAGAAUUGUCAAGUCAGCUGAAGAAUGCUAGACAAGAGCUUGCUAACACGAAUCGUGCGGCUGCUAGGGCAAGCGCUGCUGCCAGCGAAGCGAAAGCCAACGCUAGUAGGAACAAAAGACGACUGGAGAACAUUCGAAAGAUGAGGACCAUGAAAAAAAGAUGCAUACAUACUUAAAAAGGAACUGAUGAAGUAAUGACUCUGAAAAGCUUAUAAUAAUAUUACAUCGAUUAAUUAGAUAUAAAUUUAUGCUAAAAUAUAAUA